UAUUCCUCCUCCAACCCCCAACGUAGCAAGUUCUUCACUGCCUUCAAUCCCAUUCCUCCGAUCUCAUCCUGCAAUGCGCGACUAACAAUUCGUGCCUCAUUGCGCUCAUUCGAUCUCUCCCCGCUCCAUCAUGCCCGGAGUGACCCAACCACCAGGCCUCAACCAUGGGCCUGCCUAAACCAACAUUCGCUUUCACAAUCCCCUCCCUCCACGACGACACUCCCCUAGAUUGCCACCUGUACAUCCCCUUCAACAGCGCACACGACGACGACUAUGACGACGACGACGCCGACCACCCAUCGCAUCCCAAACCUCGCCCCAAAGGCGCCGUCCUCGCACACCCUUACGCGCCCCUCGGCGGCAGCUACGACGACGCCGUCAUCUCCUCCAUCGGCAGCACGCUGCUCGCCCACGGCUGGACCGUCGGCACAUUCAACUUCCGCGGCGCGGGCGCGUCGAAGCGCAAGACGACGUGGAGCGGCAGAGCUGAGCUCGAGGACUACAUCUCCUACGCGGGCUUCCUCGCCGUCUUCCUCACCCUCCUCGGCAGCAGCGACAGCAGCAGAACCAGUUCCGCAAGACCAGACUCAGACGACGACUCUUCCUCCUCCUCCGGAAGCCCCCGUGGGCGCUCACCCCCGCGCAUCCGCCUCCUCCUCGGCGGCUACUCCUACGGCUCCCUAAUCGUCUCCCACCUCCCCGCCCCAACCAGCAUAACAACACGCUUCACAAGCCCGGAGCCCGGCACCACCGCCUCCGAAAUCCGACUGCGCGCCCGCCACCUCGCGCACGAAGCCGCCGCCCUCACACCGCGCGCCUCCCCAGUCAAAAAGAAGCAAAAGAAGACAACACACAGCAGCGCACCACCACCACCACCACCCUACGCACAGACCCUCUCCAUCAGCAUGGGCGGCGAGGAAACGCCCAGCAGCGAGCGCCAGAGUCACGGGAGAACGAGGAGGAUUAGUCGCGAGUCGCAUCAUCGCGUCAGUAUAGACUCCCUGCCUGGCAAGUUGCGCGAGAUUUCGGGGCGGAGGAAGAGGAGGAGUACGACGACGACGACGACGACGAGGAGACAGCAGCGAGAGCAUGGAAGUGAGGCGAUGACACGGGAGAAGGAGGAGGACGAGGACGAGGAGGAGGGGCACAAAGAGGGGCAACAAGCGCCGCUGCAUCUACAUAUCGAUGUCGCGCAAACGGCCUUCUUGCUCGUCUCGCCGCUCCUUGCGCCGCUCUCUGUCGCGCUGGCAUUUGGUCUGCGCGGAUCUAGGAGUCAGCCUGGUGGUGGUGGUAGUGGUGGUGGUGGUAGCAGUAAUGGCAGUGGUAAUGGCAGUGGUAAUGGCAGUGUGCUAGAGAACCACCCAGCCUUGAUCGUGUAUGGCGACCAGGACUUCUUCACGUCUGCGAAGCGAUUGGAUCAGUGGACGGCCAGGCUGCAGCAUGACUCUCAUGCCGUGCUGCAGAGCCGCACAGUUGCCGGGGCAGGUCAUUUCUGGGCCGAACAAGGGGUGAUUAUGACGCUGCUGAGUAGCAUUACUGCAUGGCUUGUUGGGUUAGACGAGUAUACCGAGUGAUCUGUCUGAGUAAGGAAGGCAUGAUACGCUAUCAGUCAUUAGUUAUAGAUAGGAUAGAGUCGACUGACAGUAGUAGGGUCCAUAAAUAACCCUUCAAGGGCCCUGUCUUUACCAUCCCACUUUUGUUGUCUCUAUAAAUCAUCGUCUCGUC